GUGUCCAAAAAUAUAAUAUUCAAAGUUUUAUUAUUUUUCAAUAUUAUUAUUAUUAAAAGCCUAUUGAUUGCAAACUUUUAGUGAAAUACUUUUAUAUAUACUAUUAGUUUGUCCUAUAAUUGACUGUUUUUAUUGAAUGACUGGGUGUUAGUCUAUGAGAGAUAGAGACCCCAAAAAUUAUAUCUAAAUUUAAAAUCAUUUAAGUUUUAAAUAUACUUGUAGUACCUUAAAGUGAACCCCUUUUUUGUUGGGUUGAUAUUAUAACCUCCCAGUGCUAUCAACUAAACUAAAAACAAUGUCUACAUUUUGGGUUCAACCACCUCAUAGUCAUCAUACUAGCAAUCAGAUGAUGCCGUUUUCAACAUUCAACAAUUCAAUGACAUACCCGUCGGCGGUCAUAAAAGGUAUGGCCAGUUGUGGCGGCAGUAGUCGUAGUACUAGUAGUAGUAGUAGUGGUGGUCAUGGUUUGCGUAUCGACUCUAUGGCCUUAUAUAAUAAGGCAAACAACCGCAACCACCAGUCCUAUCGGCAAUCGGCGGCCGCGCCGCCGCCAGCCGUCAAUAAUAAUGGCCACAACAAUAACCUCAGCGCCGGUAAUAUGUAUUCAAUGAGACCACCGCUGCCUAUGAUGAUGACUACAAGUCAACGGCCCGGUUCAUCCUGUAGUAUAGCAUCCAAUAGCUCCGCCGACGGAUCGGUAGUUGUAGCCCAACCACCGCCGCCACUACACAACCGAAACUAUCAGGAAAGUCGGUAUAAGAUUGAAAUGUGCCGACACUGGGAGGAAAAAGGCAACUGUCCUCAUGGGCAUCAGUGUCUGUUUGCUCACGGCGUACACGAGCUGAGGCCGUUUCGCGGCCGUCACCGUAAAUUCAAGACACAACUGUGCAAAGCGUUUCAUUCGGACGGCUUCUGUAGUUUCGGUCCCCGAUGUUCGUACAUACACUCGCCGGAUGAAGUAGUGGCCACUCAGGAGGGUUUGAUUACGGUUACCGAAAUGGCUGCCAAAGCUGUUAACGUCGAUGUGGUCAACGCUACGUGUAUUGAUCAACAACAGCAGCCGUCAGCUAAUUGUAUGACCACUUCAAUCAACAAUAGCAACAAUGACUACCAUAUGAUGGCCAACACUGUUGCCGUAGCCGACAGUAUUUCAACUACUAUAGCGACCGAUCUGUCCCGUCUGACCCUAUCGUCGUCGUCGGCCACCACUACUACUACUAGUCGGCAAUUGUCUUCAUCGGUGGCCAAUUCGUUGUCGUCCGCGUCCUCUUCCGGGUCGUCGUCAUCGACAACAAGUGGUGGCCGUCUAUCGUCACCCGUAGAUGAUAUCGGCGGCUGUCAAUCGGCGGCGGUUGACGAUCUAUACACCCGAUACAGACUGUCAGUGUUUGCCAAUAUGUGUCACAAUUGAGGACCCAACCACUGACACCUGACUGUCCACUCGGCUAACUGUCCCCUMCCUAACCCGUGUCAUACCAUUUCCUACAUAUAUAUAUAUCACUGGAUUAUCUUAAAUAGUCAUUCAAUAAGUCAUUCAAUUUUUAUUUAAUCAUUAAUUUUUUUUAGAAAU